AGCUGAGCUGGGUGGAUUAACUGCCUUCUACUGCACCCUGGAAGGGCUCGAAAUGGAUGCCUCUGGAUUAGAUGGGUCCUCUAAUACCCAGGCCAGUUUAGGCACACUAAUGGCUAUCAAGCAGCGUUUACCAGAGUUUCAUCAACUUCUUAUUGAUCCACCUAAGACCCCGAAAGGAUGCACUGGCUUCUCUUUCCACCAUCUAUCACUAGCUCGGGCAUACCAGCAUAUGCAAGCCUAUGGUCUCAAAGAUCGGGUUCCAACUUUUCCUGUCAAGGUGCACUCGAGUAUUUUUUGGACUUUUGGCAUCCGGCAACUGUUGCUCAGAGCUGAGCUGGGUGGAUUAACUGCCUUCUACUGCACCCUGGAAGGGCUCGAAAUGGAUGCCUCUGGAUUAGAUGGGUCCUCUAAUACCCAGGCCAGUUUAGGCACACUAAUGGCUAUCAAGCAGCGUUUACCAGAGUUUCAUCAACUUCUUAUUGAUCCACCUAAGAAACAAAGUUUACUUACAACUUGGGGUGUUCUUGAUCCACCGUUGGGGAAUACGCGUCUCCAUGUGGUGAAAUUGCUUGCUAGCACAAUAAAUGCAAAUAACAGGGCUUUAAACCAGGAACUUAUAAAACUUGAUUCCAUCAAUACCAUGCUGAAUCUGUAUUUCAAGUACAUGUACAAUAACUUCUUGCACUCACAAAUUGAGGUCUGCAUCACAACGGUUUUAAAUUCAAUCCCUAUUCAAGAAACCAAUGAAAACGAUGUCCAAGAGAAUGAACUGGUUAAAUAUCUUUUACAGAAAUGUCAGCUUGUACAAAGGAUACUUUCUGCAUGGGAGGAUAAUGAAAAAGAACAGUCAGGAGGUGGACGGAGGAAAGGUUUUAUGGGGCAUCUCACCAAAAUCGCAAACGCAUUGGUGCAAAGCUCAGAAAAAGGACACAAUGCAUCGCUUGUUGGGCAGCUGAUUAAAGAACUCUUAGAGGAACAGCAGGAGCAAUGGGAACAUUUUGUUUCUGGAUCUCUCUCGGACACCAACAAGAAGAACACUGUUGACCUUGUAAACACAAGAAAUAUGCACUCUUCCAGUGAUGAUGAAGAUAACGACCUAAAGGAAUUUAGCUUUCCCCAAGAGACUGUACUGCAGCAGGCAUUUGUGGACUACCAGAUGCAGCAGAUGACAUCUGCUUUUAUCGAUCAUUUUGGUUUCAACGAUGAGGAGUUUGGAGAGCAAGAAGAAAGUGUCAAUGCUCAGUUUCGACAGCUGAAGAGUGCUCCAUUUGACAAAACGGCAAACAUCAAUUUUUCCCUGAAUGCAGAUGAAGAGAGUCCUAAUUCCAAUCUUUUUGAGAUCUGCUAUAAAGAGCGCAUUCAGCAGUUUGAUGAUGAUGAAGAUGACGGUUCAGAUGGAGAGGAUAUUUGGCAAGAGAAGGAAAUUCGGUUCUCUUCUGGCACCAUGCAAAGUACUGGAACAAGGAGCUGUGGGAGCACAGAUAGCGAAGACAGUCGAGACUCUGAUGAAGAGGAAGAAGAUUCUGGUGGUGGUGAUAGUACCAAUCCUUCCAACGAUGAGCCUGUGCCAGAAACAUCAGAAGGGUCCAACUGGACAGCUACAUUUGAUUCCACAACCACAGAUGCCUCAUCUUACCCCUCUGUGACCUCUGCAGAUACUGGGUCAUCUGUAUGGGAUGGAACCACGACUAAUAAUUGCGACCAAGGCUGGGCAGACUUUACAGAUCUCAGUAAACAAAUGAGUUCAGAAACCACAACGAGAAUAGAUGUGCUUAUAGAAUCAGAAAAACCCUCAACUCAGGAAGUAAAUAGUGACAUUGAUUUUGAUAAAUCUGGUAAAGAUUUAGAAACCUCAGUUUCCCUGGAUAACAUCCAGGAAAGUAUAGACAACCCCCCGUGUUCUUCAGCAGAAACGGGUACAUUAGCAGCAUCUUCCAGUCUUGGAUCUAUUGAAGAAACAACAAGCAGCGUAACUUUGAAUGGAGAAGCGGAGGAACCUUUGACACAGGGUGAAAUUCUGAUACAAGAGAGUGAGAGGGUGGAAGAAACGGCCCCAUCUACUUCGAAGAUGGAUCAUUUAGAAGAAUCUAAACAGCAAUGCGUGAAAUUAGAAAAUGACACUUUAGAUAAGAACUCUAAUGAAAAACAGCUAGAAAUUCGCGAAUCCAGCUGUUUGCACAGUAGUGCACAGAGUAAGGUCCAGCAGCCAACUCUCCCCGAAAGACAACCUACAGAUUGUACUCCAUCAGAAAUUAAUAAAUAAACUUUGUCUUCUUCCUCUGGCAUCAAAAACAGAUGACUGCAUAUCCAAAGAUCUGCUUCGAGUCUUCGCACAGAUAGCAAAACAGGUCAAGGCCAAGCCUUUACCUUCUUACAAAGGAAGAGUUGGAUAGUACAUCAAAUACUCUAUGGUCCCUUAUGUACAAGAGCAGUAUGGUUUAUAAGAGCAAGACACAAAUGACAACCUUUGACCCCCCCCUUGUUGCCACAGGAAUGUAUGGCUGUCAUAUAAUGUGUGUGUGUGUAUGUAUUUGUA